UAUUUGCUUUUGUAUUUUUAAGAGCCUCAGUGUUCAGUAGAAUGAGCAGUGAACUGAUAAUUCAGGCACAGGCCUAUUCCACCUUUCGCCACCAGGUGGCAAAACCCCUUCUGUGAGACAGGUAGUAUAGGUGGUCACGUGACGUCUUCUCUUCAGAUGAACAAGGAAAGAGAAACGUAACAACACACAAGCUGACUCUGUCUCCUUUUUGUCCUGUUUUAUCAGGUGAACAACACUGCAGAGCAGUUUGUAAAAUAUAAUCUGUCAACAUAGCCACACCCCUGGGGCGUGUUACAGAUUCUUGGGGGCUCGUCCGGGAUUGGCUCCUCCCACCGACCUGGAGUCGAUCCCAAAAUCUACAUCGGUGACCCAGAGAGAGAGACUUGCCGAUGCGACGUGUCGGACCUGUAUUACACAGACCUGGUGAUGCGACGUGCUGAGUGCGUGGCCCAGAGGGAAAGCUGCUGAUGCGACACGUGGUGCCCUGAGCCGAAGGAGAACUGUCAUUCGCUGAGAGCAGAGACUGUUUGAGAGACUUGGACUGAGCGACGAGUGGUGGGAAAGGGACUUGUCAUGGCGGACAGAGCGAGGAAGAACCUGGUCUGGGAGAUCAGGAAAGGCCUGCUUUCGUUGUCACCUGAAGAACUUUUCCAAAUUGCCAAUGGUGUCGGCCCAGUUCUAGACGAAGAUCCGUCACAGCUCGACAGUGAAGACGUGAAUGGGUGUUUCGACCACAUCCAUGAGUUCAUGCACAGUAAGCGACUGCUUGAGUCUGAAGAUACCGGUAUGGUUGAAUUACUUUUGUUGAAGGAUGCUAUUGAUAAGGUCAUGGAAUCUCACAGUAAUGUUACUUUACCAGUUGAUUCACAUGCACGUGAAGAGCCAGAGCUCAUUGAUUUAGCCUCUGGUGGGGUCAGCCAGCCAGACACAGCUAAUGUAACUGGUCUAGUUAGUGUAACCUCUGAUGAUAAUUCUCAGUUACACACUGCCUCAGGUAUUGCUACUACAGCUAACUCAGUAAAUGUUAUGCCAGAUGAUAUUCAGAAAAUGCUUGAAAGUUAUGAGGAUUUGAGUAAGAAACUACGCCAAUUCAUGAGUGUGCCCACCUCACAUCCAACCUCACAACCCACACUCCAGAGUGUGCCCACCUCACAACCCACACUCCAACACCCUCCUCCAUCAAACAACAACACACCAUUCUUGCUCAUGCCCACUUCUCAUCCUCCCCCACAACCUGCACCUGUACAGCACAUUCCACUGAACAACCCACCAUUCAUACCCAUGCCCACUUCACACCUUACCUCAAAACCCACACCUUUACAGCUUCCUCCCCAGAACCCUGACACCCCACACCAUACACACGAGAAGAUGGUGUCCCUGAGAGACUUGUCUUACCUUCACCGCCGUGAAUUUAAAGUGCAAGGGGGCCAGAUCGGUGAUCAUUCUUCUGACAUCAGCUACACUAGCGUAUGCCGGCAGAUCGACGAAGGAUUAAAGGAGAACUUCGGUGACCUUGAAAUAGUGAGAGGUGUACUACGGAUCAUUAAGCCUGGAGAUUUCAAGGACAUGCUCAUGAAUAAGGAGGAUAUGACCGUAGCAGAGCUCAAGGGUUUCCUUCAGUCUCACUUGGGAGAAAAGAGCAGCACAGAACUUUUCCAAGAGCUAAUGUGUGCUAAGCAAAAUGAACAUGAGACCCCUCAACAGUUCCUGUAUCGUGUAAUUGGUCUGAAGCAGAGAAUCCUGUUUACAUCGAGACAAGCUGAAACUGAGAUUAAGUGCAGCCCAGAGACAGUCCAAGGUGUCUUCCUGCACACCGUGUACCAAGGAAUAGGACACAAGCACAACGAUAUCCGCAGAGAGCUAAAGCCCUUACUCUCUGACAGCACAGUAACCGAUGAGACAAUCCUGAAACAUGUCAUGAAAAUAACAAGCGAUGAGAGUGAGCGGCGACGCAGAUUGGGAUCACUACCCCGGCAGAAGCAAACAGCUGCACAUAGUGCCCAAAUGGAGGUAGAACCUGCAAAAGAGUCUAACCCGAAGAAAGAGACUGGUGAUCGUAAAACCAAGACAGACAAUGUACUACAGCUCACAGAGAGGAUCGAUGUGUUGACUAAGCUGGUUGACUCAUUGGCUGCAACUGUGGAGAAAGAUCGUGCCUGUCGAUGUUCGUCACCUAAACCUCAAGCAGGUAGGAAAGAGAGACAGUAUGGCUGUCCAAAGUGUCUUGAGAAGGGUCUACAGGACUGUAAACACUGCUUUUACUGUGGCGAAGAGGGUCACCGAGCAGUAGGCUGCUUGAAAAAACCUAAGCGCCAGGGAAACGAGAGCCGGUUGCUGAAGAGGGACAGCCAGUAACCGGAGCGACCUCAAAGUCCCAGUCUGAAGAUGUACAAAAGCUUGAGGCUCACAACAACCACAGCUGUGGUGAAGAUAACCCUCAGAGAACAACUGCAGAGGCAGUUACUGUGAACAGAGGACGGCGUCACAGAAAGGCGACUGCCCUGUCCUCACCCCACCCCCCACCCCCUAA